CUCUCUGUGUGUGUUCGAAGAUGGCGCUGCAGAGGACAGUGGGGCGAAUCUGGCGCAUUGGGGCAGAUUUAGGGGUCAAAAACAACGCCAGGCUCUUUUCCACAGCAGCUGUAUUAUGUCGCCGGGCCGCUCCGCUGGGUUCCAUGCCGAACGAAGACAUAGACUGGCAGAACCUGGAAUCACUGGAAAAAUAUCGCAGCUACACACGCUACCUCACAGUGGCGGAGGAGGCCAAUAAUAAAGAGGUGUGGUGGAAGACGUACAGGAAACAUGUAGAGAAGCAGUCUGAUGCAGGUUUGGAGCCAGUGAACAUUGGGCUGCCUCACUGCCGGCCCUCUAGAACAAAAGAGGUUAGAGAAAGGAAGAGGGUGAUGAGGGAAAACAGACAGAACCCUGACCUGGAGAGAGCCACUCGUCUGCGUACCUUUCGCGUUCCCUUAGACAGAGUAAAAGCAGAAUGGGAGAAAACAAAUGGACCUUACCACAUCCAGAGACUGGCAGAUCACUACGGAAUCUACCAGGACCUCUUCCCCAUGGCCUUUUUUGUGCCGAGAGUCAUGCUGAGGGUGACAUAUGGAGAUGACAACAGUGCUGCGGUGCAUUACGGCAAUCAUUUAUCACCUACUCAGGCUUCAGUAGCACCUCACGUAAGCUUUGAGGCAGAAGAGAACUCUCUCUGGACGUUGCUUCUAACAAGCCCAGAUGAGCAUUUGCAGGAUGGUGAGAAAGAAUAUGUGCAUUGGUUGGUGGGUAAUAUUCGUGGGAAUGCUGUACAAUCUGGGGAGGAAGUCUGUCAUUAUAUCGCACCAUUUCCCUCCAAGGGCACAGGCUUCCAAAGAUAUGUGUUCAUCCUGUUCAAACAGGAGGCACAUGUUGACUACAGUAAUGAUGUCAGACCCUCUCCCUGUUAUUGUCUGAAGCAGCGAAGCUUUAAGACAGUGGAAUUUUACAAGAAACAUGAGGAGCUAAUCACUCCCGCCGGGCUGGCAUUCUUUCAGAGCCAAUGGGACGAGUCUGUCACCAGCACCUUUCACACACUGCUAAAUAUGCGAGAGCCAGUGUUUGAAUACGACAGACCUCCUGUGUACCAUCCACCCCAGCGCAAAUACCCUCAUGGACAACCACUCCGAUACAUGGACCGCUACAGAGGAGGAAAAGAGCACACCUAUGGGAUUUAUUAACCCCACAAUACAUAAGUUAAAAAGUUUUAAGAACUGGAGUUCAAAAAUGUGUUAAAAGAUAAAGAGAAAAAAUUACUUCUACCCAGCUGAGCAAGACGUGGUACACUGUCACCAUCAGAUAAACAGCACUUAAAGCUUUCAUCUUUGAGAAAGAGGAGAAAAUCAAGCUCCACUCUUGCCUUAGAUCUUCCACAGGUGUUUCUGUCCAUCCUUCCACUGUGAGAAGACAACACUAUGGGUCUGAAAGGAUGUGUAGCUGUCAAGAGGCCCUGAGAAAAAGAAACAGAUGGAAAAGUGGAAAAUUUGCCAAUUAAACAAGGAGCUGCUGGUGUUCUCAGAACAAUGGACUGUCCACUUCAGAGUCCAGACCUCAACAUCAAGUGUGUUUAGGAUUGCUUGGAUUGUCAGAAGCAGAAAAUGCAACCAGCUUCUAAAACUGAACUUUGGUGUGGAAAAAUAUCCCUACAGAUUUAUUUGAAAGCAAGUCUCCCAAAAGGAAUAGCGGCUAUAAUAAAGGCAAAGAGUGGACACGUUGAAUACUGACGAUUUUGAUAAUUCGUUCCCGAGGUUUCAAUGUAUUUUUCUGUUAAAUGUAUGUUUUUUUUCCAUGCAUAACUUCUACUUAAUGGUAAUUUUGACCGAAAAUAAAAUGAAUGAAGGGUG